AUGUGUUCUCUUACUGAUGAACAAAUCAUCUUGCUAUGCCACGACCCUACGACCGAGAUCAUCUCGCUGCCGGAGUGCACCAAUAGGGUGGUACGUAUCACGGACGGUCUGGCAGCAAAGUUUGGGCGAUUUGUUAGCGUUCACGAGUUCAGAAACCAACAUAUUGCGCAGCGGUAUCUUGAUCCAGACCUAGUUCGCGUACUGAAAUUCCAUCGGUACAUAGAGAAGGAGGGAACGGGAUAUAUUAUCAUGGACUACGUUGAUGGUCAUAUCUUGGACCUGCAAUGUGCGAGGAUGAUGGCGGAGAGGUUGGGCAAAGUCCUGAAUCAUCUCCACGCUCAGACGGCCACCCGGCCAGGCUCACUGGGUGGAGGCCCGCUUUCCGGUGCACUCUGGCCUGAACACGAAGAGGUGGAGUUCUCAGAGGCGGAGGACCUUCAACAUUGGCUGCAGUCUCAUAUGCCCAAGUCAGCAGGCCGAAUUGACCUCAACGGGCACACCUUCAGCAUGUGUCAUUUGGAUUUCAGCCCACGAAACAUCAUGGUUGAUGGAGAUCGCAUCUACCUCGUCGACUGGUCGGCUGCUGCCUACCUGCCACGAUUCUUCGAGUUUCUCGUAUACAAAUUCCUCCCACAGGAUCUUGAAUUCUUCGCGCUGGUGAAACCAUUCCUCCUUCCGUUGACCGAGAAAGAACAAGAGAGCGUAGAGAUUGUGGCGGAAACCCUGCAAUACGCUCGCUUCCAUUAUCAUCCGGGGACUAAAGUUGCUCAUAGAACGCGCAUUGGAAUGACGGACUUUAGCGGCGACGCUCGGAUCGUCCAUUUGAUCCAAGCUGUGUGCCACCCCUUCAACGAGAACUACAACCAUUGGUCGCUCAAUAUCCAGUUCAAGAAUCGUGCAGCGGACGUUCAAGUGGCAGGUUCUAUUCGCUGUCAUAUGAUAGUGAACGCGGACGACGGCGAAACGAUGUAUACCGUCACCACGCACGCCUAUGCUGUCACCACUAACUGUGUCUUCACCGUUGAGUUUCCGCCGACCUCGAGCCAGCUGCCGGUUGGCUGUGUCAGUAGCAUCAUUCGAAACAAUAAUCUACAUAUGUUUGAAUACUCAUCCGAAGGAUCCGGAUGUAGACAUUGGAUUUACGUGGUCAUCCAACACCUCGAAGCCACGGACUACAUUGCUCAAGGAAGCGCCGCACGUCUCUGGCCGUACCUGCACCAUUUCUACGAAAUCGCCGUUAACGGGCAGACAGGUCUCACCGUAGAGCAAGCCGAGUCUGUGAAUCAAGACUCCAAGGUCAGAUCUAUGCUUCAGGAGCGCGAGCCCCUCAGGGUACGUCUCAAGGGAAGGGCCGCCGAAACCCCGACGUGCCAGAAGGUGAGCCGAUUGAUCACGAAUGAGAAGGAGCGGGUGCGUCGGGCACUUCUGGAAGAGAUACAGAGGAAAUAUGAACUCGAGUCGUCUGUGCGAUCUAUCGAGGAGCAGCUCGCCGGCGUCAAAGUUCGUGGACAGGAGAAGGUCUUGUCAUAUUUCUCUGAGGACACGCUUGCCGAUCAACGUCGGCUUAUCGAAACCAUGAUCCUUGCACCGCCUGGAGCCACACUCGAAGAAGAAAGUCAGCGACGAGACAAUGCAGUCAACGCCGUGAUAGCAUAUUGCAAGAUUGAGGAAGGCGAUAUGUAUGGCGGCCGAAAGCGGUGUGACGGCAGACGCGGCGCCCCGGACGUAGCUUUAAAGACGGAGGCACCCCUAGAGUAG